AUGGUUAAAUUUGUUCCACGCCAGCGGAAACAGAAGCACCGGCGUCAAGAGCCUGAUGCCUCGGUAGACACCAAUGUCGCAGAGCUAGCGCCCGUCUCCAAAGAUGAGAAGGAAGCAAGAAGACAGAAAUUGCGCGAUGAGCUAAGAGAGCAGCAUGCAAAUGUUUCAUCCAAGAAGCAAAAGCGUUUGGACAAGUACAUUGAAAAUAAAUUGAAGAAGGAAGAAAACCUCGAGCUCCUCAAGAAACUUGCGAAUGCGAACGAAAGUAUUUCCGGCCUACAGAGCUCUAAAGAGCUAGGCAAGCGAAAGCGAGAUGAUAGUGAAACCGUCCAGGCGACUACAUCUGCUGGGAAAUCAGCACAAAACCUCCCCGAAUACGAUACCGAUGAUUCCGACGCCGAUAUCAAAACUUCCGAUCCUGCGACAGAUCCGGUUCCUGAACCCAAGCCUCAACAACCUCAAGCGCCCACCGGAAGCGGAUUGAAGCGACCACUCGAACUUGGACCUGACGGAUUCCCAAUCAUCAAAAAGCGGAAGCGCACUGCUAAACCCGCUCCUGCCGCACCGGUGAAGGAGGUUGCAUGGGAAGGGUUCGGGUCCGACAACGAAGAAUCGGAUAAGGAGGAAGAUGAAGAGGGCUCGGACAGCUCAGAGGGUGAUUCGAAUGAGGAAUCGGACGACAACGAGUCUGGGGAAUCAUCCGAAGAGGGCUCAGACGACGAGUCCGACGAAGAUGAUGAAGACUCGGACGAGGAUGAAACUACUGUGAAAAAGAUCAAACCCAGAGAAUCUGCUUUCAAGUCGUGGGCCAGGCAACAAAUUAAUGAGGCCGUUGGUUUCAAACCAACCACCGAACCCCGCAACACUGUUGACAUGGAGGAUCCUCUUCCCGCUGAGCUUCAAGUCACUCGAGGAGAUCCUCUUCGCAAGGCUUUCCAUGUCUCAGUGGAACGAUCAGAAGAGAUUCAAAGUUCUCGUAUGGGUUUACCGGUGGUUGGCGAGGAACAGAAGAUCAUGGAGGCGAUUCACAACAACUCAGUUAUUGUCAUCUGGGGUGCUACUGGUUCGGGAAAGACAACUCAGCUUCCACAAUUCCUGUUUGAGUCAGGCUUCGGUAACCCGGAUAGCCCCAACCCUGGCCUUAUUGGUGUCACUCAGCCACGUCGAGUUGCCGCCGUCAGUAUGGCCAACCGUGUCGGUCAAGAACUUGGCCAGUAUUCAGACCAAGUUUCAUACCAGAUUCGGUUUGAGACAACGGUAUCCAAAAAGACAGCCAUUAAAUUCAUGACUGAUGGUAUCCUUCUCCGUGAGAUUGCAGAUGACUUUGCACUGCGCAAAUACUCAAUUAUCAUCAUUGACGAAGCGCACGAGCGAAGCGUGAACACUGAUAUCCUGAUUGGAAUGGUCAGUCGUAUUGUCGACCUGCGAAAGUCCAUGAGUGAGGAGGAUCCUACUAUCAAGCCGCUGAAGGUGGUAAUUAUGUCUGCCACGCUCCGAAUCUCUGACUUCACUGAGAACUCCGCGUUGUUUCGUCAAGGUCCCCCGCCUUUGGUUCAAGCCGAAGGUCGCCAGUACCCUGUUACCGUUCACUUUGCCCGUCGCACACAUCGUGAUUAUGUUGAGGAGGCCUUCCGGAAGGUUUCGCGGGGUCACCGCAAACUCCCGCCCGGUGGUAUACUCGUGUUCUUGACAGGACAAAAUGAAAUUCGGCAAUUGUCCAAGCGAUUGAAGCAGGCAUUCAAGCCUACUCAGCGGAUUGAUACAACCCAAGCGAAGGUGCAGUUCACAGCGAACGACGCACCUUUGGAAGCGGAAGAUCUAGAGUUGGGUGGCACUGAAAUGCACAAUGACGGCUAUGACGAUGAUAGUGACUUGGAGAUUACGGGAUUAGACGAGCCAGAGGAUGAUGAAGACUUUGAUCUUGGUGAGGAGGCUAUGGACUCAUCAACCAAGGUGCACGUAUUGCCUCUAUAUUCGCAACUACCAACAAAAGAACAAAUGAAGGUGUUUGAACCGGCACCAGAGAACUCGCGUCUUAUCAUUCUCGCAACCAACGUUGCUGAGACAUCGCUCACUAUUCCCGGAAUCAAGUACGUAUUCGACUGUGGUCGUGCGAAGGAAAAGCAAUUUGAUCUAUUUACCGGUGUGCAAAGCUUCCAAAUUGGCUGGAUCAGCAAAGCUAGUGCAAACCAAAGAGCGGGUCGUGCAGGUCGAACAGGACCCGGUCACUGUUACCGACUGUACUCUUCGGCAGUCUACGAAGGCGAUUUCGCUGAGUAUACUGACCCUGAAAUAUUACGCACCCCUAUCGAAGGUGUCGUUCUCCAGAUGAAGAGUAUGGGCUUGCACAAUGUGAUCAAUUUCCCAUUCCCUACCCCUCCCAGCCGUCAAGGUCUCGUGAAGGCGGAAAAGCUGCUCAAGAAUCUGGGUGCGCUCUUAGGGAAUGGCCAAGUCACACAAGUGGGUCGUCGUCUUGCAACAUACCCUCUAUCCCCUCGUUUCGGCAAGAUGCUUUACAUCGGUCACCAACACGGAUGUCUACCUUACGUCAUUGCCCUGGUGUCUGCUCUUGCUGUCGGAGAUCUGUUCGUUGCGCAGAAUGAAAUCGACCCCAAUGCAUUUGCUAGGAAUUCUAAGCCCAAGCAACUUGAUAGCGACGACAGUGAUGAUGAAAGGAAGGUCUACACCAAUGCCGAUCGUCUAGAGGAUACAGAACGUGAGCAAAAGAUGAAGGACUACGCCCGCGUACACCGUCUUCUCGGCAAGCACGAUGAUACCUCCGAUGCCCUUAAGUUCCUCUCUGCCAUCUGUGCCUACGGCUAUGCCUCGGACGGGGACGCCUUCAGUGAACAGAUGUUCCUCCGUGGAAAGGCCUUCAAGGAGGCUACGCAACUCCGUCGCCAACUCACAGAUAUCGUGCGCGCCAACAACCCUGGGCUUAUCGGCUCUUACGAAGCACGUCUGCCCGAGCCCUCUGCUAAGCAGAUCAAAGCGCUUAAACAAAUCGUUACCGCCGGUUUCAUCGACCAUGUUGCCAUUCGCGCAGAUCUCGCACCUGUGCCUCCAGAGAUCCCCCGUGCGCCCCGCCGCGCGAUCGAUGUUCCCUAUCUUACACUUUUCCGCUCCCGGGAAGGACCAGCCGAGGAUAUCUCAGAGCGCGCGGUCUUCAUCCAUCCCUCUUCUAUCAUGGCGAAGCUUACACCAAAAGAAAUGCCGCAGUAUAUUGUCUACUCGCAUCUCCAGCAGUCAGCCCCCAGCGUGGUCGCAUCGGACCAGACACCCAAGAUCAGAAUGUUCCCGCUUGUUGCUCCAAGUGGAUUGCAGCUUUCUGCUUUGGCACAUGAUACCCCACUCAUCGAGUAUGGAAAGCCGAUUGGAAAGACAGAUACAUUGGAAGGUAUUCCUCAGCGCAGGUCUUGCUGGGUUAUUCCCUCGAUGGUUGGUGAUGCUGGUGGCACAGGCUGGCCAUUGCCAGCGAAGAAGGUCGUGCAGAAGAAGGACCCUAAGGAGGGAUGGGUUAUUGAGAAGUUUGUUAGUUGA